AUGGUCUUUAAACUAGGAAAACGGAACACAGUAGAUUCUCUUCUCUUGGCAUUGAAGAGAACCUCUCCAUUAGUGAAUCUAGUGACAAAGCUACAGCCAUGGGGUUCUGACCUCUUGCAAGAUUCCUCUUCUUGGUCAAGAUACAAGAAUAGAAACAGCUAUUGCCAAAAUGUGUCGCUGCUUCUUGUUCCAAUACCCAUCGGAUUUGUGGAACAUCCAAUUACAUCUAGUGUCCUGGGAAAUGCCAAAGGGGCUGUUGCCGUGGUUAUCUCAAUUUUGAUAUUUAGGAAUCCUGUAUCACUAACAGGAAUGCUGGGAUACACACUCACCGUUAUAGGAGUUGUUCUGUACAGUGAAGCCAAGAAGAGAAGCAAAUGAAGGGCUUUCAUGUCAUCUCGUAUUUUUCUUCAUACAAAUUCACCAUUUAAUUCUUCAGAGCUGGACAUUCUGACACAUGAUUGCAGCUGCAAAUUCUCAUGCAAUUCCUUUUCUGGAAACCAGAAAGAUGAGUUUCUUCCUAUUUCGACAGUGAUUAUGCUUUGAAGUGGAAAAAUAUCGAUAAUAACAGCAUUGAUUCACCUUUCUACUCUGUUCUUCGGUCGAUGCAACAGUAGCAGCUAUUCUUUUAUCAGACAUUUUUUUUCUCUCUUGUUCCACUGUUUCUCAGACCGUAGUUCCAUAUUUUUGUCUUACAGAUUAAAAACGUUAGUAUUUAUUUAUACGUUGUGUGAUUAGGUGUGAUUUUAUUCUUGUAAAGAGGUGUGGAAUAUUAAACAUAAACAUACAUCAGACAUGUUAGUUACUAGGUUCCUCUCUUGUUUCAUUUGUGAAGUGGAUUUUUUGGAUUUUUUGUUGUUGCUCC